UACUUGGCCGGUUCGCUCAAAGUGAUGACAUUGAAACUGUACUUGUGGUCGGGAAACGCCUUCCGAACAAGCUCGACGGCCAAUUUUAAUUCCUCUGGGCCCAAAGGGUCCAAGGGAUCGGAAUAGUCAUGUUGGGAUUUCGUAGAAAAUAAAGUCAUUGUAGGGAAAGCAACCAAGACAAAUAAAUCUAUAGAAACACAAGGAGAAUCAAAGACACGAAAAAACUAUGGUUCAACACAAAAUCUUGUGUAGAAACUCUUUGAAGGAAAAUAACAAAACAAAAAAGAAAAGCCUACUGGAACAAUCAUUAACAUCCGUCCGACAUGUCUCUCGUUCUCCCUCCUCUUCCUCCUAGAACUUACCUCUUUUUUUCUUUCUUCUAUAAACACAAAACGCACGCUUUACUCUAUGUAAUUCUGUAUCUGGUCUUGUCGCUAAUUGUUCGCCUUCUAUAUAUACCUAGCCAUGCAAUCUCACCUUGAUUUCAUCAAACCUAAUAUCACCAUAAACCAUAUCUCAAACUUUGAUAAAUCAACCAUCUUGGCCGUUCAAUCUAUCUUAUAACAACCCUUAUCCUGCUCAUACUUUAUCAUCAUCCUUCUAUUGGGUUAUUGAAGCUUCGCCAUGGCAAGUGAGGAUUUUAGGUUGAUUAAAACCGAGAAGCGAUAAGCAAUGGUAUCUGAUGGAAUCCUAUCAUCAUGGGUUGAAGAAGUGGUGACGGAAGGUGGUGGAGUUCUCUCAAGUCAUUGGGUUGCUAAUGUGAUAUCUGAAUUCCAAUUGAAUGGAAUGGAUUUUAAGGGUUGUAGGAAGAGGAAAAAUGUGUGGUGUUUUGAUAGUUUUUCUCGAGUCGCUAGAGAUAAACAACAUGAUCGGUGUUAUAUAAUUUGAAAUGGAUUUCUUCAUAGAUGAGUUGAGGACGAGAAAUCGUUGUUUUUCCUUUUUUGAGCGAUCGCUUUUUUUUUGUGUGUGUGUGUGUGUGUGUUUCAUCUGGAUCAUUGAGCUUGAUUGGAAGAUAAGUCAAUUAAGGUAAAGUAAUAUAAAGACAAAACAAAACAAAAAAAAAAAGAAGGUAUGGAUCAUGAUGCGUUGGAACAGGUUGCUGCUGCGACGAAACAGGGUGCAGGGUCGCUUCCUCUUUUUCGUCGAAAUGCCAGCUCUUCUAUGUCGGAGGCUAGCAACCUCAUGUCUAAUACGUAUUCGCCUGCCGACAUGUCCUAUGUCCUGCUCUGCUGUGUGAUUGUUUUUCUUGUCACCCCUGGCAUAGCCCUCUUCUAUGGCGGUAUGGUCCGGAAACGCUCGGCGCUUUCCAUCCUCGUGCAAUCUUUCCUCGUUACUUCUGUCAUCUUGAUCCAAUGGUAUAUUUUCGGGUACUCGUUGGCCGUUGCGCCUGGCUCUUCGUUUUAUGGAUCCCUUUCUCUCGGAGGUUUACAUGAUGUCUGGUUCUCCCCUUACACUACUGGCUCUACAAUCCCCGCCAUCGUCUACUUUCCCUUUGGUGGUCUAUUCGCCGUCACUACUGCGCAACUUCUGAUUGGCGCCAUGGCUGAGCGAGGCCGCCUCGUCCCCUCACUUGUCAUCGCCUUCUUGUACAUUACCUUCGUCUACUGUCCUCAAGCGUAUUGGACCUGGUCAUCGAGUGGCUGGCUUUAUACCAUGGGUGCUUUGGACUUUGCCGGCGGCGGCCCAGUCCAUAUUUCUUCUGGAUUUGCUGCUCUAGCUUACUCGUUUGUUUUGGGUCGCCGUCGUGACCCUUCCAAUCCCGAAGACUGGACAAGUUCGCUAGAUAGCUGUUCUUCUUCUCAAAGAUGUAGCUCAACUACUCUUGUCCCAUGGGGAUCCGUCAGCUGGAAAUACUCUAUCGGCCGCAGCCGUAUUCCCAAAUUCCCUGCCCAUAAUCCAACAAUGCUAUAUCUUGGAGUCGUUCUGAUCUGGUGUUCUUGGCUCACCUUUAACUCUGGCACCCUGCUCGCCAUUAAUUUACGGACUGCUUAUAUUUUUACAAACACUCUGAUUUCUUCUAGCUUUGCCUGCGUUACCUGGGCCAUCAUGGAUUAUGCACGUUAUCGAAAAAUCUCUGCUGUCGGAAUUUGCGAAGGUGCAGUCGCUGGUUUGGUUGGCAUCACACCCGGCUGUGGACAUGUUUAUCCUUGGGGUGCUGCGGUUGCUGGCAUUUUCACUGCUGUUGUCUGCAAUCUACUUCACGACAUUGGUGACUGGCUUGGUAUAGAUGAAACCCUUCGUGUAUUUAACUUACAUGGCAUUGGCGGUGUCCUGGGAUCAAUUGUCUUGGGUGUUUUAGCUCAUCCAAAUGUCGCUGCUUCCGAUGGGACCACUGUAAUCAAGGGCGGAUGGAUAGUUCAUCAUUGGAAACAGAUGGGAUAUCAGUUUGCCGCUUUUACCUCAGUUGCUGUAUGGUCAUUCGUCGUCACUGCAAUCAUUUGUCUACUUGUCGACAUGAUUCCUGGACUUCAAAUUCGGUGUACCCCCCAAGAAGAAGAACAGGGUAUGGACUUUGUUAACUUGGUUGAACAGAUUGAUGAGAAAGCUGGCCCGUCUACCAUUCGAGUGAUUCAAGCACAAGAAGUGGAGGAGUCCACGGGAACGUCUGUAACUAGCAAGAAGCAAUGAUUUAUGUUGACAAGUCUCCAACUUGUUUAGAAGAAAGCAAUUGCUGUUAUUCCAUUCUCGUUUUUCCUUUUGCUUAAUAAAGUCAUACUUUUAUUUCUAAAUGCAUGGAUAUUUAUUUUCUCUAGAUUUCGGCAAUGGAUUUAUGAAUCGUUGUUUCCCAGUUUUAUGUUUUAUGUUUUAUGUUUUAUGUUUUUUGGUUCUUGGUUUUGUUUUCUUAUCCUUAUGCUACAGUUUAUGAAUGAAUAAUGAAUGAUAGUUACGAUAAUGACUUGUUGCUUGUCUAUGAUUUCCAUUCCUUGGAUCCAUUUCUUUUUACAUCGAAAAAAGAUUUAAGGGAAAAAAAAAAAGAGUGAAUAUUUCAU